AUGAAGACGACGUGGAAGGACAUCCCGCCGGUGCCGACUCAGCAGGAGUUUUUGGACAUUGUGCUGAGUCGAACGCAGCGAAAAUUGCCGACCCAGAUUCGUGCAGGUUUCAAGAUUAGCAGAAUUCGAGCCUUCUACACCCGAAAGGUCAAGUUCUCCCAGGAAACCUUUUCCGAAAAAUUCGGCGCCAUCCUCGAGAGUUUCCCGCGAUUGCAAGACAUCCACCCUUUCCACAAGGAUUUGCUCAACACGCUGUACGAUGCCGACCACUUCCGCAUUGCGCUGGGCCAGCUUUCCACCGCGAAGCACUUGAUCGAGACUAUUUCAAGAGACUACGUCCGCCUGCUCAAGUACGGCCAGUCGCUCUUCCAAUGCAAGCAGCUCAAGAGGGCUGCGCUGGGUCGCAUGGCCACCAUUUGCAAGCGUCUCAAGGAUCCGCUCUUGUAUCUCGACCAGGUCCGCCAGCAUCUUGGCCGUCUGCCUUCCAUCGACCCUAAUACUAGAACUCUGCUCAUCUGCGGGUAUCCCAACGUGGGCAAGUCUAGUUUCCUGAAGAGCAUCACCCGCGCAGAUGUUGAUGUGCAGCCUUAUGCCUUUACGACCAAGAGUUUGUUCGUGGGCCACUUUGACUACAAGUACUUGAGAUUCCAGGCCAUUGACACGCCGGGUAUUUUGGACCAUCCCCUCGAGGAGAUGAACACUAUUGAAAUGCAGAGUAUCACUGCUAUUGCCCAUCUUCGGUCGGCUAUUCUCUACUUUAUGGAUCUUUCUGAGCAGUGCGGCUACACUGUCCAGGCGCAGAUCCAGCUGUUCAAGAGCAUCAAGCCUCUCUUCUCCAACAAAUUGGUCUUUUUGGUCGUCAACAAGAUCGACGUGACUCGACCUGAGGAUCUGAGCCCUGAAGUCCAGGAGGAACUGCAAGGGCUGAUGAAGGCUGGAGAGAUUGAGAUGCUCCAGCUGUCCUGCAAUACCCAAGAAGGCGUUCAAGAAGUCAAGAACGCUGCCUGCGAGCGCCUCAUCGCCGAGCGAGUCAACCAGAAAUUAAAGGCCGGCACCAACAACAGCGGAAACAUUGGCGGCCGCUUGGCGGAUGUCAUGUCCCGCAUCCACGUUGCCCAGCCGAUGGGCGGCCAGACCCUCGAGACAUUCAUCCCCGAGGGCAUCAAAAACAUGAAGAAGUACGACAAGGAGGACCCGGAGCGUCGCAAGCUAGCCAAGGAAGUCGAGGUUGAGAACGGCGGCGCCGGCGUCUACAACGUCGACAUGCGCGCCGACUACCUCCUCGCCAACCCCGACUGGAAGUACGACAAGAUCCCUGAAAUCUUUGACGGCAAAAACGUCUACGACUUCAUCGACCCAGACAUUGAGGCCAAGCUCGCCGCCCUAGAAGAAGAGGAAGAGAAGCUCGAGCAAGAAGGCUACUACGACUCAGACGAGGAGAUUGACGACGACGAAGAGGCCGAAGUCCUACGCAAAGCCGAGCUCAUCCGCGAGAAGCAACAGCUCAUCCGCAACGAAGCCCGCAUGAAGAAGCGCCUCAAGAACCAGGCCAUCAUCCCCCGCAGCAAGACCAAGAAGUCCUUCUCCCAGCUCGAAGACGCCCUCGACCAACUCGGCGUCGACACCAGAAACCUCGCCGACCGCGCUCAGCCCAAGGACGUCCGUCGCGGCCGCUCCAUGUCCCGCAGCCGUCUGGGCACCGAGGACGCCGAUUCCAUGGACGUGGAUGCCAAGCCGCGCGAUCGUCUGCGCGCCCGCUCCAUGAGCAGAGCGCCCACGACGAACCGUCGCGACGACGGCGUCCAGGACGAGCUGACGAGGUCAAAGGCCGAGAGGAUCGCCAAGCUCAACCAGAAGAGGAUGAACAGAAUGGCCCGACAGGGCGAGGCAGACAGACAUACCACCGUUUCUCUGGAGAAGCAUCUCUUUUCUGGAAAACGUGGCAUCGGCAAGACUGGUCGACGAUAA